AAACUUACAAGGCAAAACUGUUUUAGGCUCGAGUUGUGUAACUUCAGUGGGUACAAGAUCUACCCCGGUCAUGGCAAGAGGUACGCUCGGGUGGACGGAAAGGUAUGUGCAGUUUUUUUAUAUUUUUGUGUGAAUAUUUUCGAAAAGUUCACCUAAGAAUUAAGCAUGAUAUCCAGUUUCUGCUUAUAAAAACAUACAAAUAUUCCUGUGUUUGUAAAAGUACUGUGAGUGGACUGCCAAAACUCAAAGUAAAAUGUAAGGGAGCAACUACAGUCCUACAGAAUACACAGCCAUAUCGUAAGAUCUUAAAGUGAAGUGGCUCGGUGGCUGCAAAUGAAGAUGAGACAGACAAGUGUUUACAGAACUAGAAAGAUACAAAAAAUAAGUGCGAGACAGACAUAAGAAAGACAUACAGUACCGCUUAAAAGUAAGUUGACAGGCUAAUAAGUUGACAGAUUUUAGUCUUGACUUGAAACUCAAAUCUUAUGUCUCGAAGCUAGAACGAAUGGAGUUUCAAGACUAGAGAAUCAAGUUUAGAGAAACCAGCAUUUUUGAAUAUUCAUAACUUAAAAGCUUUUUGCAUUACAGCGGAAAUUCGCACCAACCAUCAGCACUGCUUAUUUCCCUUUUGUAAACAGUCUUGGCCAAUUUUAAGAGCCAAUACCACCAUUGGUAACCAAGCCUUCAGUCAUUGUAUAUGUAAUAUAUUCCCUGGAUAAGUUACAAAAAGGCAAAUAACAUGUUUUUAAAUACUGUUAGAAAGAACGACGUUGAUGCCCAAGUUGAGUUUUCGUCAAAAUUUACGAAAAGGGCUAGGGUCACCUGUUAUGAUGUAACAGUUAAGAAAGACAGUUUAUUAGUGUAUGUACUUAAAUUUUUUGAAAUUUUGGUGGGUUGUUAUGGUAGUGUAGUGGUAAGGGAGAGAGAUUAGGAUAUGAAAGGUCCAGGUUUUUUAGGUGUGUUAAAAAUGGCAGCAACCAGUCAUGAAAGGGGCAACUGCGUAGGUGUUUGUGUAAGUUUUAGACGAUUAAAAGGACCAACGAGUGGUUGUUUGUCUUGAAUUUCAGAUAAUCCAGUCUUUGUAUUUUUAUACGAAUUCUAUCUUGUGAACUACAAGAGAUGUUCAAUUUUAAGUGCAUAUGAAACUUGUAAAAAUAUUUAAGCUUUUAAAAUUUGGUUCAUCGUGACAGUGUAGAUAAAUUGAGAAAUACAAUGCAGUGAUUAUAUAUUCUCAUAAAAGGCUUCCAUAGAAAAACAAGAUAAUUGCGCAAUAUAAGCGCUGCCAAAAUUGUUGUACUGUACCUGAAAUUGACGUCAGCUGAUUUGAAAGAUUGCCCGCUUGAAUUAUGAUAGAGGCUGUGAAACUUUCUCAAAAACUUCAACUUUUCGGUGAGCGUUGUUUCAAUGAAUCCAAACUAUACUCCAUGUCUUCUAACAAACAUUUGAGUAUUUUAACUUUGUUUUUGCUUUGUUUACUUUGAUCAUUACUGAAUACAAGCAAAUUUCCACUGUCAGUUUGAGACGGAGAAUUUUCUUUCAAACUAGAUGAUUGUGGCAUGUUUGUAACCAACCAAUGGAAGUGUUUGUUUUCUGUGUUGCACAUUACAAGAAGUUUGCAGUUUAUCAAAAAGCAAGCAUUUUUGUUAGCCAUGUUAUAAAAGAAUUAUUGGUUCAUGCUUUUAGCUGUGCAUUUAUAGAGUUAUGGAUGCACUGGGAAGUUUUAAGAGCACUCAAGAAGUUGGCUACGCCUCAAGCAACUCUAACACUCGUCUUGUGUUCUCCAAACUUCCCGUGUAUAUACAUUGCUAGGAUUUCAGAACUAAGUUAAGUGUACAAUACGAUCUUGUGGAGAAAUAAAUAUCAGCCCUGAGUUGUGUCUGACGCAUGGGUCAUUUUUAACCAAAAGUUUUCUUUGUUUUUAUCCAGGUCUUUAACUUCCUAAACAAGAAAUGUGAGAGGGCUCUUCUGAUGCACCGGAAUCCCCGUAAGAUCACAUGGACUGUUCUCUAUCGACGAAAGCACAAAAAGGGUACUACAGAGGAAGUGACAAAGAAACGAACUAGGCGUAAUGUCAAGUUCCAACGUUCAGUUCAGGGUGCAACUCUAGAAAACAUCUUGGCUAAGCGAAACCAGAAGCCUGAAGUAAGAAAAGCACAGCGUGAACAAGCUAUCAGGUAAAUGAUUAUCUUGCUGUACCCUUGCUCCCAAAGUUUUUAGAGCUCACUGUGUCUUCCCUUUCACUCCUGAAGUGCGUUGUUGUGUGUUCAAGCCUGUGAACAAAAUCCUAUAAUGUAGACUUGCUGCAAGUCGACCUCUCAUACAUAUAAGUUCUUAAAAGUGAGCAAAGUGAGUGACUCGAGGUCAACUUGUUUCACUUGAAUGGAUUUGAAUGGUAUUAUAAAUUCACGCGGGAAAAAAUGAUUGACAUGUUUGCUGUAUCUGGAGCGACAUGAAUAUCACUCACUGUCCUGAUGUGACGGAAAGAAUUUUCAACUGGUGAAUUUCAUGCCAAACAGGUAUGAAAAGUCCUUUAAGAGGACAUAUAAACCAACCAAAAAAAAGGACUUUUAGAAUUUUAAGUCUACCUAUAGUGGUGCUAUUCCCCAAACACGAUAGCACUUUGCACCAAUGAUAUCACCAAUUUCUGGUUGCUGCUGUGACUCAGACAUUUGCCACUAACUUUAGAAACAAUGAGUAAACUCGGCUGAGUUAACUUUCACAAAGACUUCUGGGACAGUUACUAGGGACAGGGCUAAAAAAUUGGCCAAUACACUGUAGCUAAAUGCAGUAGUGUGUCUCCAGUGAGGAGUACCUCCACUUGGCCCAGUUUCCUUUACGUUUCUAAAGUGGUGAAUAGACCUUUUUACCGAUAUGGCAGCCAUAUUGAAUUAAUUAGAUUUAAGGAGUAUUAUGGGAUGCCCAGCGGGCAUGACACUCGCUCAGUAUUUACGUGCGCCUUUCGGGGCAAUUUUUCUUAAACGUGAUGUUUACACUGGACACUAGCCCAUGUUCAGUAUAUUAAAAUUCUAACAUGACUCCGAGACUUUCUGGUCAUUUUUUAAUAUUUGGUUUGGUUUUCUUUGUGGUCAAGUCUCUUCUGGGAUUUGCAAGACAAUGGAGUCAUGAAAAAUUUGCAAUUUUGACCCAAGCCUCGUAGUCAUGUUAGAAUUUUAAUAAGAUUUAUAUUGAAAGUGUGCUAUUCGCAACGACAAUUUUUAGCGCAAUACAGCAUUGCAACAUUGUUGCAAUAUUGUUGCGCUUAAAAUCGUCAUUGCGAAUUGUCCCAUGUAACGUCACCUUAAAGUUUUCCAAGAACAAGAUUGUAAUCGAAACAACAAAGAAGAUCUUUGUGCCCUGUUUGGAUGAACACUGUAAUAAUGCUCGCUGUUUUCCCGAGAAAUAUUUGGUGAAAGACCAAACCUAUUUCUUUGGAAGAAAACCAGAAGUACAAGGAACCAAGGCACUUAGCUACGUGGAUGAGACUACUGUGCUGGAAGGGAUUUAACGUGAAUAAAUAUACUUAAGUUGGCUCAAAUCGUUUUAAAUUUGGAAGACCAGUUGACAGUCAUCCUCAUCCAAUGCUCUUUCUGAACGGCUACAAUCGGGAAAUAGUAACGCAUACAUGUUAGAGAAAAGCUCCCAUGUAAAAGCUUCCAGUACAACCAAUUAAGAUGAAGAAGUAGAAGUCAGAUACUGAUUCUAAACAGCGGGUGAAAAGUUAAACAAUAUUCCUAUAGUAGACACGCUGAGGGGAGAGCAAAAUAGUAUGUGUGAACCCAGUGAAGACCCUGAUCGAAUACUGGUGGAAAAAGUUGUAAACCGCUUUUGUAGAGAUUUUUUCCCUCCUUUGCCGAUUUUCUAUCGUUAUUUUUUGACAGGUAAUCUUCUCUGUCAGUCAUCAUCAUAUCGGGAAAAUUAUGACUUUCACUCACCCAGUUUAGCAAUUUAUCUGAGAAGUCCCCAUUACAAGUAUCACUGAUGAUAACAAUACCAUGAUUUUUCAAAUAUUUUCACAGUUUCUUGACGUUCCAUUCGUUUAGCUCCUCAAUACAGAACUCUUUUUUUGUUUUUAUCUGAUCGGUCGGGCCAUGACUAAGAAAAUAAAAAUAUACGCUCUCAGAUAAACAACCUUGAUGCUAUGCGUCAUGUCAUGUGAGGUUUGUUUUGCACCCUGGGCAUCCCAUAAUAAUCCUUUAAUUCAAUAUGGCUGCCAUAUCAGUAAAAAGGUCUAUUGAACAUGAUCCUUAUUAGAAUUUUGUAAGGAAAAAUCUCGUUCACCUGCAACUUGACAUUGUCUUUAAAGGUUUUCAUCAUCAAAAGAACUGAAAUCUGGCUUGAUUUCAAUUAUAUGUAUUCUGCAAGUGAUUAUUAAACAUGUGCCAAGACUAUGUUAAACAUGGAAAUAUUUGUACAGUUGGGUGACUAAUUUUAUCCCUAAUGCAGUGUCAUUACUGUAGGUAAAAUAUCUUACAACAUUUUAUUAAGAAAUGUACAGAAAGCAGAGAGGCAAAGCUGUUCAUAAAAAGGUGCAUUUGGUUAAAAUGAAAAGCAAAUGAUGCUCAAUUUUUUACAAGUGCAAAGGCUCACUUACAUGUAUUAUGCUACUAUAGGGUAUAAAACACUGUAUGGCUCCUACCUGGCCACACAGUCAAACAUAAUAAACUUAUACAAUUUCUGGUUUGUGCUCAUGUUGGUGUGCUUUUGAGCUUAGAAAUUCUGCCACAGGCUUGCAAAAAGCACACACAAACUCGAUUUCUCUUUAGCAUGUUUGGUUUUGGAGUCUUACACAAUAAGAAAUGUUAUGUCAUGUUUCGAUGUUUCAGUACUAUCUGACAGAGCUACGGAUAUGAUUUCAGUAGCCUACUUUGACCAGGUGGUUUUCUUUUCUGAUUUUCACCGUUUAUAGGCGAAUUUUUGUUUACAUUUUUUGCUUCAUUAACAUAUGCUUAUCAUUAUCUGCCAAAGCCAAUGAAAUAAAAUCUGAAUACUUAGUAAAUAUCUUUUAAAUGAUAGUCACAUUGAAAGAGCAUAAAAGUUUCAAUUAUCUCUGAAAAUUUGAGCCUGAUAUACCAAAUGGUUUUGGAGAAAUUCUCUUUUAAAAACUCGAAAUUUUACCAAAAAUGCAUGGCUCAUGAACUUUUUUGCCCCUCAGCAAUUUCGCAGUUAUUGAUGGCUAAUGCUUCUUUCAACAUUGCUUGCAACGAACAGAAAAUCACACAAAUUACUCAAGGUAAUCAGCUCUUUCAACUUUUGAAUGUAGUUCAUUUAUAAAGCCAUUGCUUCCAUGAGUUAAGUUGUAUGCUCAUGAGAAAAAUCUAAACAAUGAUGUCAGCAGGGAUUCGCUUAUUUGAGUCACUUGGACCAGGUUUGCUCCCUACAGCAGAAACGGCUUUUAUUUAUGAGAAUAAUGCUAAAAAAAUGUUUUAAAAACUUUCAUUGCGAAUUUUAUGUUUGGAGAACAAUUAUGUCGGAAAUGCAUGUUGCUCAUACAAAUCAUUUGAGUAGAAUGCAAAGUUUGUUUGAGUCAUGCAGGGGGUCUUCUGUCACAAAACCGUUUUUAGUAACAGUGCAAAGCACUAUUUGUUCAGCAGUACUCACACAUGACAUUGUUUAAACGUGGAAUAACAAUAAAUGGAAUAAACUUUAAAAAUCACUUGUUUUGGCUUUUUUUGUACUCCGAUAUUACAAAAACGGCUUGAAAUAUAGUACUUUCCUGUAUAUAAAGUUUAAAUGGUCCAGUAGAAGAGACUAGUAGCAAAACGUUUGGGUAGUCUUACAUGUAUAUCGGAAUAUGAUCAAUUGAACCACCCAAACUUGCAAGUUUGCAAGUUGGUAUUUCAUUCAUUCCUUGUUAGAAAUAAAAUUCAUUGUUCAUGGAGCAAAGAUCUCAGUUAAUGAUGCACAGCAGACUUGAUGCUGUUAACCAGUUGCUGCUGAACAUUUUUCAGUGAUGAUGUUUUAUACCUACAUUGUUUGAGUUUCUGUGAGAAAAACAUGCUCUGAGAAAAAUGUUCUGCUCUGUUUUAGCUAAAGAACAUGUAUGGAAAAUGUGUCGAUCAACAAUCAGUUAAUUUGAUUUGUCUAUUCUUUUUUCCCAAAGGGCUGCACGAGAAAAAGCCAAGGCUAAGGAGCAACAAAAGAGGGUUGCUAAGGUAGCCAAUUUUUUUUGUUGUUUCUGCGUCCAACUUAUCCCUUAUUUCUAUUUUUUUCUAAAAAAUGUUUUCUCUCCUACAGGCACAACAGCAGCAGCCUGUCCGGCAAAAACAGAAGGCAGCCAAACCAGUGCAAACAAAGGCUCCACGUGUUGGAGGAAAACGCUAA